CACACGCUGAGUUUGAUUGCUGCUGCGUUUGCGCUAGUUGGAGAUAAAUAUUUAUGCCGAAGCACCUAAUCUCGCUAUCCUUGCAUGCAUUUCUGGAAUUACUUGGACAAAGUUCGCGGGUAGCAGUUAAUAUCUUGAGCGAUUGCGGGAGUAACAGCUGAUGAGCCAUAGCUGAAGAAUAUAGUGAGGCUGCAAUUUGACUCGCAGUUUUAGUGAAAGAUGAGUAUAUUCUUAUUACUCUCUGACAGAUUCCCAUUCACGCGAGACUUCUUAGCCUUUAACAAAUGCUAUACAUUUAGCUGAAUUUUAUUGGAAAAGCAAGAUAUGUAGCAAUUAUGUAGUUUCCGUUAUCAUUAUUAAAAUGUAAUUUUUCUAUCCAUCUAGCUGUUUGCCAAACUACUGAGAAAGAAUAGUAUAGUCUAAUUUACUUAAUGGCUGGGAAAAUAAUUUGUUUAAUUAACGUGGCUCAAAUAAAUUUAUUUUCUGAAAAUUAAAUGUGUAUUACUCACCACGGGCAAACUGACUGAUGAAUACGAUGUGUUAGUGACUGCAUAUUUUGUUUGUUCCAGCGACCCUGACAAGAAUAAUUAAGUGGUUAGAGGAUGGAUAUUUUGUUUGUUGCUUUUGAAGCUUUUAGGUCUUAGGCCAUCUUAAAAUACUUAAUUGAAAUUGGCAUUGAGACUGAUGGGUAAUAAUGUCACACAAGGUGCCCAGUCAGCUAAUCAUGUGACCUGUUUUGUCAGGUAUGGAUGGAGCGGAGUCCCAGGAAGGUAUUCCCAACUCUGCCAGUAUCCAGCUUCCUGGGCAGUGGGAGACAUACAGGGUACAUGUGGUCACAUGGAAUAUCGGCACGUCAGAACCCCCAGACAAUAUCAGCUCCCUGCUGUACCUGGACUCCCAGGUCACCGCAGACCUCUACGUAAUUGGCCUGCAGGAGGUGAAUGCCAGACUGUUGCAGUUUGUCAUGGAUUUGGUCUUUGAAGAUUCCUGGAGCCACCUCUUCAUGGCCACACUGGGGCCUCUUGGCUAUGUAAAGGUGACCUCUGUGCGCAUGCAGGGUCUGCUCCUGCUGGUCUUCAGCAAGCAGCUCCACCUCCCUUUCAUCAGGGAUCUGCAGACCACCUACACCCGCACUGGGAUCUUCGGGUACUGGGGCAACAAGGGCGGGGUGUCCGCACGGAUCUCCUUUUAUGGACACACGCUGUGCUUCCUUAACUGCCACCUGCUGGCACACAUGAGCUACGCAGCGCAGCGCGUCGAUGAGUUUGAGUACAUCCUGGAUGUGCAGGAGUUUGACACGCAUGACACACCGCAUGUGCUCGACCACGAUUUGCUCUUCUGGUUUGGGGAUCUGAACUUCCGCAUCGACGACCAUGGUCUUCUCUUCCUGCGCUCUGCUAUCACCAGCAAUCGUUUCAGCCUGCUGUGGAACAAGGACCAGCUGCUGAUGAUGAUGAAGAAGGAGGCCUUGCUGCAGGAGUUUAAGGAAGGACCUCUGUACUUUAAACCCACCUACAAGUUUGACAGGUUUUCCCAAAACUACGACACCAGGGCAUCAAAGAUGUGGCUGGGCUUUAAUGGCAAGAGACGGAAACCAGCCUGGACUGAUCGCAUCCUGUGGAGGGUGAAGCCCAGACCCAAGGUGGAGGAAGGGUCCAAAGUGGAAGAGGUGACGAGGAAGCCACUCAGGGAAGACCUCCCCCUUAAGGUGGUGCUGGACACUUACACUUCUGACUGUACCUAUGGUGUCAGCGACCACAAGCCUGUUAUUGGCACCUUUAGUCUUGAGCUGAAGAAGUAUGAGACCCCUCUGGUGCAGGUGUGUGCCGAGGGUGAUUGGAGUGCCACCGGGGGCCCUCUGGUGACAUACAGCAUCCUGGAGCCUUUCUCUGCCAGCACCUGGGACUGGAUUGGCCUCUACAAGGCCAGCUUUAGAAGCGUGUCCGACUACAUUACAUACAUCUGGGUGAAGGGGAUAGAGGUUUCCAGUAGUGAUGAUGUCAUCCAGGUUUACAUGAACAAAGAUGACAUCCCAGUGCUGAAGACAGACUGUGUGCUCUGUUACUAUAGCAGCAAUGCACGCUCCAUCGUGGGCAUCAGUCCGCCCUUUCAGGUGCAUGAGUCUGUGAUGGUCACCGAGGAAGACUUAGCACCCAUGAUAGCCAAUGGGAGGGACAGGAAUGCUGCCAGCUGAGGGUGCACCUGCCCAAACCACCAAUCAGCACCAUCGACCCUGGAAUGGACAGCUGAGCUACGCCCCUCCAAUUGCCACACCCACUCUCUGCUUUUAUUGGUGUCCUAGGGGACCUGUCACUGACAUAAUGUCAGUAUUUUGCCUCUAGAACUACUAUGUUCCAACAGACAUCUUUUAGUUGCAAUUUAUGUUGCUUUUAAUCAUUAUCAUUGCAAUGAUUUAAAAGUCAGUUUAUGUGAAGUAGCUCACAAUUUCACAUUAAUAUUAUGCUAUUAUUAUCUUUUACACAAACUUUCAUUUGGGUAUGAUAUUCUCAGUGGUACAACAGAAAAACCCUUGUGGGAUUUGAAUCAACAGCAAGUAUGUCUGGUUCUUUAAUCACUGCACUGCAUCUUAAUGAGAAACAAGCCUCAAGUCCAUAAAUGAGAGACAAGGGUAUGCGUGUGAUCAGCACUCACUUCCGUCAGCUUAUCUGUCACAGACCUCAGAGGUGUGAAAGAUGUGCAGAGAAAAAUUGGCAGUUGCAGGGAGACAUUUUCAUGAAUCCCAGUUAAAUUAUAAUCACAAGUUUCUAUUCCCACAUAACGAAUGAAAAUUAAAUUUAAUAUUUCAAAGCUGGCUUCUAAUGAUUAAAAUUUUACAUAUAUUUUACAUUUUAUAUGUUUUAUGUUCAUCUUAUCGACUGUACAAGUUAGCUGUCUCAUUGUGCCAGUACAUUUCUGUGUUUGUCAAAUCAAAUCAAAGUUUAUUUGUCAAAUGUACAACAGUGUGGAAAAGAGCGGUAGCGAAAGAUUUUUUUUUGUUUGCUAUGAUUUAAGACUAAUGCGAAUCAAAAAAUGGCAGAAUUUAGUUAUACUGCACACUUGCAGAAUCUCAGUUUAAUGUCAAUGUGAACCUGCAGAAAGUGCUGUUUGUGUUUGUGGACAUUAAAUACAAGCUAUGCCACAGCCAGCAUAAUGGAAGUGUUUUCUUAUCAGGUGUAAAAUAGAGCUUUGAUUCCUGUUAUUCCAAUAUCCAAGAUGCCAGAAGUGUUUCUUUGGAUAUAACCAUGUGUUGAUUGUUAUAUGUGUUAAUUAGAUGAUCCUAACAGCAUUGGUAGCCUCAGAAUCGUACAGAUACUUUGUAUCAGGAGGCCACGGUUGUUACAUCAACCACUGCAGGGCCCUCAGCGUGAUGAAGUGCUUAGCGCUGAUCUGACAAUCACUGGUUAAUUUAAAUGUUGCUUUCCCUGUUAAGUUCAUUUAUUACUAUUUUAUUGUGUCUGUGUUACAAAGGAAAAUUCUAGAAAAUACAUAAAUGAAAAGUCAACACAAAUGUUUAUUGCAUUAUGAUUUUUAUUAAACUUCAUCUUAUCAAACUUAAAA